CACAUCUUACACAGACACAAAGUACUCCAGGCAGAAGGAAUGGAUCCCCAAUUGUUGUGCUGUGAGGGGGACAGGCCUGUCAUCCGGAGGGCCUACCGGGACUCCAACUUGUUGAAUGACCGGGUCCUGCACGCUCUGUUGCGGGCAGAAGACAAGUACCUCCCCGCUGCCAACUACUUCAAAUGCGUGCAGAGAGAAAUAGUUCCGUACAUGAGGAGGAUAGUGGCUACCUGGAUGUUGGAGGUGUGUGAGGAGCAGAAAUGUGAGGAGGAAGUUUUCCCUCUGGCUAUGAACUACAUGGACCGCUUCCUAUCGGUGGAACCCACCAAGAAGAGCCACCUGCAGUUACUGGGAGCUGCCUGCAUGUUCCUGGCAUCCAAACUGAAGGAAACGAUCCCACUCACUGCGGAGAAACUCUGCAUCUACACUGACAACUCUAUCACACCUACCCAGCUGCUGCAAUCAGAGCUGCUGGUUUUGAACAAGCUGAAGUGGGACCUGGCUUCAGUGACUCCUCUCGACUUCAUUGACCACUUUCUGUCUCAGCUGGCAGUCAGGAGAGAGAACAGGCCCAUACUCAGGAAGCACGCUCAGACCUUUGUGGCUCUGUGUGCCACAGAUGUAAAAUUUAUUGCCAGCCCUCCGUCCAUGGUAGCAGCAGGCAGCAUGGUGGCAGCAGUGGAGGGCCUGCAGAUGAGAAUGGUGGGCAAUGCCAUGAUGACUCAGAAACUGACGGAGCAGCUGGCACAGACCAUCAGGAGCGACCCGGACUGUCUCAGAGCGUGUCAGGAACAAAUCGAGUUGCUGCUGGAAACCAGCCUCAGACAGGCACAACAACCGCAACACUCGGUUACCAUGGAAACUAAGAACAUCAGCGAGGAGCAGGACCUCUCGACGACACCCACAGAUGUCCGAGACAUCAACAUCUGACUGAGGGCUGCCAGUAACGCUGCUGGAGAGAAAAGAGAAGCAGGUUGAACUGAUUAAGUGGACAAAUACAAAAACACACAUGGCUAUUUGACAUGGUGUGUGUUUUGGUGCGCUCACAAGUAACUGGACUCAACAGUGUAUCAGAACUGUUCACAUGAAGUCCACUAUGAACUGUGGCCGGGACCUGAAGAAGGUGCUGACACCUUCACGUACAGGACAUUGAAAACCUUAAGACUGGAAUUCAGCUAACACUAAAGGAAUGGCUGAUGUCUGUUAGGUGUGGCUGUGUCCUGUGGGACAGCUGGGUGCACCCACCAAUGUGUUGUUUCAAGGCCUCGAUGGCCACCGCCUCCUUAAUUGAAAGUGUAUUCUCAGAGACUGAUAACUAAUUAGUGCGUUUAGAUGUUCCUGGGCCUGUAUUUAUCAAACGUUAAAUAAAAAUGUAGAAAAGUCUUAGUCUGAAAGUGAACAAUAAGACAGAUUUAUCAAGUGACUCACUCCACUGACUGUGAAGUGUUGGAGCAAACUUUAAGAGAAGCUUUCGUAUGAUGACAUGGAAACUAAAUGUGGCUUAACAUCCUCUUAAAUGUUGCAUGAUGCAUUUGGAACGGCAUCAGGCUUAAUACAAGCCUAUUCAGUUUUCCUUUACAUUACAUGUUAUACAUAUUACCUAUACUGCAUUAAACAGUCAUUUUAAAACAUGUCUUAGAAAGAGUGUGCCCUUUUUAAGACACCUUUCUUGAUUGAGCAUUUUUAAGUCUUAAUAUAAAAAAAAAAAUAGCUUGUAUUUUAUUUAUCUUUCUUAGAUCAGUUUGAUACACAUGGGCCCUGGUCAACAUGUAAAGUGAGAAGUUGACCUGACAGAUGUCUUGUUUUUUAUAAAAGUGUGAUAUAGAUUGCAGGAUGAGCUGUGUUCACAUGAUGGACAACUGGCAAAAUUGAACAUCAUAUAUGAUUAUGUGUGAGGUUGACGUUCAUGAAUUGAGAGCCAGAACAGCACAUCUGUGGUAUGGAAACCAGCAUUAGAUCUAAUCACUUAGCACAAAGGUGCUAAACUGCCAAACUGAAACCACUGUUCUCAUGGGAUGCAGUGUAGUUCACAUCUUGCACCACUAGAGGGAAGUAAGGUGUUUGGGAUGCAGUAGCCACCACUCAUUCUCAAUUUUGGGUUGUCAAUGGAACUAAAUGGCAUCCAACUGCAGUAUGAUCAAGAGCAACAAUGUCUGACAUGACUUUCAUCUGGCCUGUGGCACACAUCACAGUGGCUUCCUGUAUGCAUCAGAAGCAAAAAAAAAAAGCCUGAUGAGGGAUUUUACAUGGUUAAGAGUUAUGAAAGAAGAAACUUCUUGCUUUCCACCUCAAGCAAAAGCUGAACAAUGCAAUGAUAUUUCCUAUCUUUAUCUGGGUACUUGAUUAUUAAUGACCUGUUUAUCAGACGGGACAAAAGGUAAAGUAAUAUAUCAGUUGUACUACUUUUAUUUUGCUUCUUAUAUUUAUUAUUACACAUCACUUGACUUCUGGAUUCAGCUGCUGUGAACGAGUUGGUGUUCCGACAUCGUGGUAUUACCCUCAUGACAAGUCUGUAUCAAGUUGAGCCCUAUGUUGCUGCUUUUGUGUCUGUCUUACAGCAGUUUAAAGAUUAAUUAAUUAAAGGAAAACUGAUAACACUG